AUGAGCAACCUCCAAUCUGGCUCCGGCGCGCCAAACGCCACCCCCGGCGGCGGCAAGGAGCCCGGCCUGCGAUACCCCAGCAAUGGAAAGACUAUCUACCAUCGGCCGCUGAACCGCUCCAAGACUGCUGAGCUUAGCCAGGCGAGCUUUGCGUAUUUAUUUGGGGAGAUGGUCACGUAUGCGCAGCGACGCGUCAAGGGCAUCCAGGAGCUAGAGCAGCGCCUCAACCUUCAAGGCCACUCGAUCGGCCUAAAACUCCUCGACCUCCUCCUCUUCCGCGAGCCAGCACGCACACAGCUCCGCCCUCUGAACGUCAUCGCGCUCCUCCACUUCAUCAAGCAAAACGUAUGGCAGCACCUCUUCAACCGACAGGCGGACCGUCUCGAAAAGUCGGCCAACCCCGAGACGCCCGACGAAUACAUGAUCAUCGACAACGAGCCGCUGGUGAAUCAGUACAUCAGCGUGCCCAAGGAGAUGAGCCAGCUCAACUGCGCCGCCUUUGUCGCCGGCGUCGUAGAGGGCGUGUGCGACGGGGCGGAUUUCCCCGCGAGGGUUACGGCGCAUACGGUUGCCGAGGGCGAGAUGUGGCCUGGCAAGACGGUGUUUUUGGUCAAGUUUCGAUCCGAGGUGCUGGAGAGGGAGGGAUUCCUGGGUAAGAGCUAG